UCUCGUUUCUUUCUGGUGCGCAGACGCAGUUGAGGCGCAAGCAGAAGCAGGCGGAGAGCGACUGGCGCAACGCAAAAGGAUACUUUGGCCCUUAGGCUGAGCUUUUUGUGGAUUUGGGUCGACGGAAACAUCGAUUGUUAAAAUGACCAGGGGAAAUCAACGUGAGCUUGCACGCCAAAAGGCUGCCAAGAAGGCUAACGAGAGCGGCAAAGGGAAGAGAAGUGAUGACGGGCUCUCAGCUGCCGCUCGCAAGCAGAGGGAUGCUGAAAUAAUGCAGCAAAAGCAGAAAAAAGCAAAUGGUGGAGAGAAAGACAAUCCUAAAUCCAAGUGAACAACUGACUUCAUCCCGCCGUUGGCUUCCUUCCUGAUAAAUAUAAAAGCCAGUAAUGUCAUCUUUUAAAAAUAUCAGAGACUCAACAUAUAAUUGAGCCUACAUUCUCUCCUUAUGGCAAUGGAUUUUUUUUUGGGGGGGGGUGAAAUUGUUCACAUUAUCCCCACACUGAUGCCACGUGCAUGCAGAGGAGCGUCAGUGCUUUUAGCAGCAGGAGAAAGAUGAACAGUUGUCCACACAAAGCGUUGUUGUAGCUGUUGUGUGUUUUCUUCUUGUACAAAACAUGUCUCCUGAUGGUUGCAAAUAAAGAGUAUCUUUGUAGUUCA